AUGUGGCUACCAUGGCGUGUCCGAACUACAGCUUCGCCUCCCAACCGAUCCCGACCCUGCACUGUCUCCUGCACUUCCUUCAAAGACAUCCAAACCCUCCUCGAUUCCGAACCCGAACCUAGCUCUCCCAAAUCUCCCUCCCUCUUCCGCCGUCUUUCCGUUUCCCCCUCCCUCCUACGUACCCUCAGCAGCCCCCGCGGUGCCUCGCCCUCCUCCUUCUUGCUGCCGCCGGACUCUGACUGCUCCACCGUCGUCCUCUACUACACCAGCCUCCGCGUCGUCCGCCGCACCUUCGACGACUGCCGCGCCGUCCGCUCCAUCCUCCGCGGCUUCGCUGUCGCCGUCGACGAGCGCGACGUCAGUGUUGACGACCGGUUCCGCGAGGAGCUUCAGCGGAUCCUCGGUCGCCGCACUGCGCCGCUGCCUAUCGUCUUCAUCGCCGGAACCUACAUCGGCGGUGCCGACGAUGUUCGGCGACUCUACGAUAGCGGCGAUCUGCACGAGCUGAUCGGACGGUUGCCACUGUCUCGGAGUAUCGCGUGCGAUUUGUGUGGAGGGAUGAGAUUUGUGGUGUGCGACACAUGCGAUGGAAGCCAUAAAGUUUUUGCUGAAAAGAGUGGCGCCUUUAGGAUCUGUUCCUCGUGCAACACCAACGGUUUGAUCAGGUGCCCUUCAUGUUUCGUGGCGCACCAGCGACACAGCAAAUAA